AGCAGACGUUUGCCUCACUGGUGCAUCACACUUAUAAGGCUUCCCGCAGCUUUUUCCAGUGUCCAUUUGCCUCGAUCUCCUGAGAACUCAAACGUGGGCAGGAUGGAACAAACCGGCGUCUUCUCUGCCACGCCAAGGCAGCCUGUGAUCUACAAAAUUCAAGUGAUUACUGGGCAAGGCCUCUUAACGGAGACCUUUGACUCCAUCUCCAUCACCUUGGUAGGGACAAACGGAGAGAGCUCCAAACAACUUCUGAGCCGCAAGGGAACCAUCUGCUCUCAGGGAUCGGUGGAGGAGCAGGAGGUUCCCUGUGACCAUGACUUGGGCCCGAUCCUGCUUAUUCGCCUGCAUAAGGACCCGUACUCCUUCUUCCCCGAGAGCAGCUGGUUCUGCAAUGCUGUCCAGGUGACAUCUCCCCAGGGGGAGGUCUAUCACUUCCCCUGCUACCAGUGGAUCAAGGGUUAUUGCACCGUGCCCUUCAGAGAAGGAACAGCCAAAACUCCUUCAGACGAUACUCACGAUCUCCAGCAGAAGCACCGCCGUGAGGAGCUGGUGCUGAGGCACAGAAAAUAUGGGUGGAAGGAAUAUCUCCCUGGAAUUCCAUACUGUGUUGAUGUUGACACGGCUGGGACGUUAGAGGACGACGUCCAGUACUCUUUCCCCAAAUCCACUGCCUUUUUCGGGCGUGGGCUGACCUCGCUGUUUGAAGCUAAAAUGAAAGGCUUUCUGGACAAACCUUAUUCAUGGGAGAAGCUUGACGACAUCCGCAAGAUCUUCUGGUUCUACCACACCUCUGUCUCAGAGUAUGUUUAUAAGCAUUGGAAAGAUGAUGACUUAUUUGGCUACCAGUAUCUGAAUGGAAUGAACCCUGUGAUGAUCCGGAGAUGCACCAAGAUCCCAGAAAACUUCCCCGUGACCCAGGAUAUGGUGGCUGGGCCUUUGGGGGAGUCCACCUGCCUCACAGAAGAGCUGAAGAAAGGCACUAUCUUCCUAGCGGAUUACAAGAUCCUGGAGGAUAUCCCCACCACCUUGGUGAAUGGCAAACAGCAAUAUGUCGCCGCUCCUCUGUGUUUGCUCCACCAAAAACCUACUGGAGAAUUCAUCCCUCUAGCUAUCCAGCUGAGCCAACAUGCAGGACCUCAAAGCCCCAUCUUCUUGCCCACUGACGAAGAGUGGAUCUGGACCUUAGCCAAGACGUGGGUGCGCAACUCCGAAUUCCACACCCAUGAGGUGAUCACCCACCUUCUCCGUGGACACCUGAUGGCCGAAGUCUUUGCGGUGGCAACUCUGAGGCAACUCCCAAUGUGUCACCCAUUAUACAAGCUCCUGAUUCCUCAUCUCCGGUAUUCAAUCCAUGUCAGCAUGUUAGCUAGAACCCACCUUACCAACCAAGGAGGUACUUUUGAUCGGUCUAUAGCAAUUGGGCGCCAAGGGCUAGCCGUGCUUCUUAAAAAGGCCCUUGAAAACAUGACCUACACAGAACUUUGCCUCCCUGAUGACAUUGAGGCCCGCGGAGUUGGCUCUCUUACAAAUUACUACUACAGGGACGACGGGCUGAAGAUAUGGGAUGCCAUUGAGAGCUUUGUUUGUGGCAUUGUCAAACUCUACUACAAAAACAACUUAGCUGUCCAGAGAGAUUACGAGCUGCAAGCCUGGAUUUGCGAUGUCUUCACGAAGGGUUUCCUGGCCAACCAGUUGUCAGGAAUCCCUUCCUCCAUCCGUACUGUCCCAGAACUCGUCAAGUUUCUGACUAUGACAAUCUUCAAUUGCUCAGCCCACCAUGCUGCAAUAAACAAUGGGCAGUUUGAACUGGGUGCCUUCAUGCCCAACUUGCCAUCGUCGAUGCGGAAGCCUCCACCUGAGGUUAAAGCCCCAGUGACACUGGAGGAAUUUCUGGACACCAUCCCCGAGAUGAACACCACUAGCGAAGUCCUCUGUAUCCUCUGGGUCUUGCGCAAUGAGAAUUUUGAUAUGAAACCGCUGGGGCAGUAUGACGAGGAUCACUUCACUGAAGAAGAGCCAAAGCAGCUCAUAGCAGCUUUUCAAGAGCGUCUGGCACACAUUUCUGAGGAAAUUAGGAAGCGGAACGAGUCCCUGGCAUUGCCUUACACCUACCUCUAUCCACCCAACAUAGAGAACAGCACGGCAGUAUAGCGCUCUGGUUUUGCAGGGCACCACAUGUUUCCAAACCACAUUGAUUAUGCUUUUGGGUGCAGCCUUCGCCAUCCUGGUGCCCUCCGGAUGCUUUGGAGUACAACUCCCAUCAGGCCCAGUCAGCAUAGCUUUGAUUCCAGUGAGGGUUGAAAAUAGGAACCUGUGCACUGGAUCAGGACCAUUUUCAAGUCAAGGCAGAAAAUGCUGCUCUUCAGCGUCUGAAAUAAGUAGCCAUUCCUGCUAACGCUGACCAGCCAUUUGUUGCUAAAGCAGUGUGUGUGUGCUCAGAGCUUGGAAAAGUUACUUUUUUGAACUACAACUCCCAUCAGCCCCAGGCAGCAUGAACCUCUGGCCCUCCAGAUGUUGCUAGACUCCAACUCCCAACACUUCCUGACUAUCCUGGCUGGGGCUGAGGGGAACUCAAAUCCAGCAAUAUCGUCAGCCACCCUUGUGCUACAGCGCAUACUAUUUGCAACCGGCCAAAGUGAGCAUGUGUGGAGGAUGUGCUCUGUAAAUACACAGCUUCCCUCCGCCCCCUGCAGCACUGAAGUCUUGCUUAUGCUUACUGGUAGUCUUUUGCCAGACAUGUGAUUAUUGCUUGCAAUUUCUAUUUUGUCUCAGUUUCCCAACAUAUAACAUUGGGAGAGUAAUCCCCCUGUGUAUGUUUUCCUAAAGUGUGGUUGGUCUUUUUUCUUGUACUGAUGCCAUUUUGACUAGCAAAUGGGGGUGUGUGUUAUCAUGCAGCAUCCCCUGCUUCCUGACCUGAACCUCGUCUACUGUUUUGCUUUUGCAAGUAAUGUCUGAGAUAAAAUGUAUUGUUUUUGCCACUGUUGAUUUUCCUCUGUGCUUGCUUCUCUUAUCAACUUUCUGAUUAGGAUAAUCAAACAUUUAAAGCAGGGAUGGGAUCCAUUGGCCCAUGCCAGUUCAAAAGCAUUAUGUUGACCUAACAGGCUGGUAUUGAUUUGAGUCCAUUCUUUGUCUGCAAGCCACUGCUUUUACCGGUCCAUUUUUCUCCCUUCUGAAAAAAUAUUGACAUUUAUGUAUUGAUAAAUUGAAGGAAAUAACAAUAAAUUGAAGGAAAUACCAAUAAAAUAUUGAUA